AUGUCUGGACUGCUCACAAAGCGGAGGAGAUCCAAGGGUACGCGGACUGCAACGAAUGGAAGAACUUCUUCUCCACGAUCAAAGCUGUCUACAGUUCGCCGACCAAAGGCACUGCUCCUCUCCUCAGCGCCGACGGCAGUACCCUCCUGACUGAGAAGACCCAAAUCCUACAGCGAUGGGCCGAGCAUUUCCGAGGCGUCCUCAACCGCCCCUCCGCCAUCUCCGACGCCGCCAUCGAUCGUUUGCCGCACGUGGAGACCAGCGCAGACCUCGACCUCCCGCCAUCUCUCCAAGAAAUCAUCAGGACCGUGCAGCGGCUCUGCAGCGGGAAAGCACCCGGAUCGGACGCAAUCCCUGCUGAGGUCUACAAGCACGGUGGUUCCCAACUAAUGGAUCACCGUACUGCGCUCUUCCAGGAGAUGUGGUGUCAAGGUGAAGUCCCGCAAGAUUUCAAGGACUCAACAAUCGUGCAUCUCCACAAGCGAAAAGGAAACCGUCAACUCUGCGACAAUCACCGUGGCAUCUCCUUGUUGAACAUCGCCGGGAAGAUCUGCGCUCGCAUCCUCCUCAAUCGCCUCAAUAAUCAUCCGGAACAGGGCCUUCUGCCGGAAAGCCAGUGCGGUUUCCGUCGACAUCGUGGGACCACGGACAUCAUCUUUGCUGCCCAUAAACUUCAGGAGAAGUGCCAGGAGAUGCGGACCUACCUGUCCUCUACCUUUGUGGACCUGGUGAAAGCCUUCGACACAGUGGAUAAUGAAGGACUGUGA